AUGCUCCAGCCAGUUUGGGUGUCUCCAGCAGGGAGCUGGGCUUUGAGGGAGUCGGAAUGCCACCAGGAUGGCCAGAAGAGAAGCUGGAAAUGUAGAUUUGUCAGAACCAUAAUCCAGCAUCCCUGUGGGAGGCAUGUCCCCAGACGCCCAGGGAGAACAAGAAUGUUGAGGAAAUUCCAGAUCUGCCUCUGUUUCUUCUUCAUCUCGGGCAUUUUGUAUGAGAUCUCCCUCCUGUCUGGCUGUGUGUUCUCCUAUUUGCCUAUGGCCCAACAGUACUUGACACCUGAGCAGGUUUUGAACCUUGGCAAGAGCAUCAUUUUUCUGGAGACCACAGAGCGCCUGGAGCCUUCUCCACUGGUGUCCUGCUCUGUGGAAUCUGCUGCCAGGAUCUACCAGGACAGGCCCAUCAUCCUCUUCAUGAAGGGACUCACAAAUGAAACAGCCUUGGACUUGAACUCCAGCUAUGCAGCCUUCUCACUUCUGUCUUCUAUGAAGAAUGUCUUCAUCUUCCCUCUCCAGAUGGAAACUGUCUUCCAGGAGACACCUCUGCUCCAGUGGUACAACCAGGUGGUGCCAGAGCAGGAGAAGAACUGGGUGCACAUCAGCUCUGACGCCAGCAGGUUGGCUCUCAUCUGGAAGUAUGGAGGCAUCUACAUGGACACAGAUGUCAUCUCCAUCAGGCCCAUCCCUGAGGAGAGCUUCCUGGCAGCACAGAAGUCACGUUUCUCCAGCAAUGGCAUCUUUGGCUUCCCUGCACACCACCAGUUCCUUUGGGACUGCAUGGAGAACUUUGUCCUCAAGUACAACGGGAACAUCUGGGGCAACCAGGGGCCCUUCCUCAUGACAAGGAUGCUCAAAAGCAUCUGCAACCUCACUGAUUUCAAAGGGACUGAGGACCACAGCUGCCACAACAUCUCUUUCCUCAAUCCUCAGCGUUUCUACCCCAUUCCUUACCCAGCCUGGAGUAGGUACUACCAGGUGUGGGAUAAAAGCCCCAAUUUCACCCACUCCUAUGCUCUGCACUUGUGGAACUUCAUGAACCACAACAGGAAGGUUGUGGUUGCAGGGAGCAAUACUCUGGCUGAGAAGCUCUACAAGGCCUACUGUCCCACCACCUAUGAGGACCUGAUCCAGAAUGCACAGCAGAGGGAUUUAACACACCCUGAGGACACUGUGUGA